AUGUGGGACUCCCUUCCCUUUGUUUGGAUUGGUUUGGAAGUGCUUGGCCAGAUAUUGUACAAACAGGAGUCCCCCAAGUUCCCGAUUAAGGAGGUAUUUCUUGAUUGGGGACUUGUAGUUAUAAAUGCACUGGCCAAGCAAUGCUUCAGCUCCUUCUUCGCUUUCUUGUGUAUGCGUUAUCGGUGCAGAGUUGUUCAGUUAGUACUUGCCGAUCACCGAAGGUAA